GCGAUUUUCCAGCGAAUCAAUUCUGUACUAUGAUUGGCACAAGUGACUAAAGACAAGGCGAGCGACGGCGCUCUCUUCCAAUAUUAAGCAACAUCGCCCCGUCUUCAGCACACCCCACACGAUGAAGUAGCGUUUUACUAGACAUAUCUUUCUUACCCCUUUUACCAUUCUGGUUUCCGUCUCACCUCCUCUUCCGCACGUUAUGACCCUACGUUAGUUUUCAGGACAUGUAAGUAGAGGAUCUUCCGUUUGUUCCAUAGAUAUACCACAGAAGCAUUUAUCCCACCUUACCCUGCGGAAGGAUGGACCAGGCACGGCAGAAGUUGCGAGAGCAGGUGAUCGGCCUCGGCGACGAGGCCAAGUUCGAUGCCUCGCGGCUGAAGGAGUUUUAUGGGCGGAUCGAGGACUCACUCGAGCAGGUGUCCCGCGAACUGCUCGAGGUGAUGUACGACUGUGUGCGGAAGCUGAGCCACAAAAGCCACGUGUAUGCCACGCUGUUGGGCCUGAUCCACAACCAGGGAAAGCAGCAACUCUUUGUCAAGGACUGGUUCGACAAGUGCUUUUUUGGGCUGCAGGUCGCGCUCUACACGGGCAAUUUCGCCGACGUCACCGUGUUGCUCAAGUUUUUCGCGGAACUGGUGUCCUGCAAGGUGCUGCAGGACGAGGAGUACUUCAAAACGCUGAACCGCAUUCUCGACCUCGCAUUUGAGGAGGAGGCCGAACUGCUGAAAACAUCCUCAAAUAACCAGGAUCUACUUCAACAUGUCGGCGGGGAAAGCGGUCCUGCUGCCGCUGCUGGACGAGGAUCUUCGGCAGGUGAUGCGAGCAGUCGCUCUUCUACUUCUUCGAAUUACCACGGAGUCCAGUUCCCCGUGUACGCGUGCUUGUUGUCGAUUGCGCACCUGACGAAGGCGCUGCAGGAGAAGAACGAGGCCGACAUCCAGGCGAUCCUGGAGAAGGUGAAGGACAAAAUCCCGCGGGUCAAGAAGCUGGACUGUCUGCUGUCGCCGCUGCAGCAGCAGGGCGGCAGCAGCAGUUCCACUGCCCAACACGGGAGUACAACUAGUAUCGUGCAAGGUGAUAGAGUCCUCGAACUGCAGUCGAAGCUGGAGUUUCUGUACACGACACUGGUCGAGAAACAGCACCUGGCUGCCUCCCCCGAUCCGUUGCGGCGGCCUCUGAUCGAGUACGACAAAUUCAAGAAGGCAGUGCCCUGGGGCCCGCUGCCCAUUAUCACGGCGAUGAAGAAGGCGAGCGGCAAGGGCGGCAUGCUGGAGCGCAUGCGGCACUUCCAGGUGCCCCUGUGGCUGCCCAUGCAGGCGGUGUUUGACAAGGAGCGUCUGAUGUUCCACGAGAUCGAGGGGGACGCGGGCCACAGCGAGUUCGGGCGCACGACCGAAUUCCAAAAAGCCGCGUCCGAGGUGGCGCAGUUUUUCGCCGAGGAGGUGUACUACUUGCCGGUCAUCCAGUAUCCAGGAAAAAAACUGUGUAGGUGUAACUCUGUAGGAAGACCAGCAUCACAAAUUCGCUUUGCAUUACAGGGAAAACUUGUCAUGCGCAGCUAGUACGUGGAGACGCGCAUGAUAGUAGCCUAUGACGCACUUCCAGCAUGACAAGUGUAACUGUUUUGCAUUUUCUGCAUCACAGAGUUACACUUACACAGUUUUUUUCUUGCAUAUCCAGAACUUUGAGGAGGAUUUGGUGCUGUGCGUGCAGAACCUGCUGCGCAUGUCCCUGCUCGGCGGGUCCGUGCAGGAAGACAUGGUCCUGGUGUUCACCAUCCUGAAGACGGCGCUGUGCUCCCUGCCUUUCCCACCGCUGAACGCAACCAUUCUGUACUACAAGAUGCUCGAAAUUCUGUUUGAGCUGCAGGCGCCCUGCGAGGAGGUUUUCCAGGACAUGGUGGUGCGGUUACUGCUGCUGAGGGACGCCGAUUUGGAAAUACGCGACCGCCUCGUGGAGCUGCUCGGAUUCCACUGCUCGCAGGGCGAGCUCGAGACAAGGUCGCGCAUCCUGUUGAAGGCGCUCGAUCUCUGUGGCCGGGGCACGCCGGAAAAACCGAGUCAGGCGGAAAUCUUUGCCACAAACGUACUGCAGCAGGUGGUGCGCAUGAGCUUCAAAAAGGAGGUGGCUGCUAUUCUCGACGCCGAUCGACGAAGGGUAUUUUACUUUACAGAUCGAAAGUGUUGUCAGUCAGCCUGGUGACGAGUAUAUUAAGAUGCUUGUGCCUGGUGGUCAGCAGCGAAGUAUGAAAGCGAAGCCGAAAAGAUCAUCCUGAUGAGCACUUCUUCUUAUCGCUCAGUCGGAGCGCAGGCCCCGCGCUUGCACUCUGAAGAGUGAAAAUCUUAUGCUACAUGCUGACUAUGUCUAUGACGCGGCCGCGGGCUUGUGUCUUUUGUAUCACUUCUUCUGUUUUUAGGACCCGCUUUCUGCAUCAAACGGCGCUACUUAUGCGGUAUGCUGCCAGCAGCUGCGCGACUCGUGCAGUCGGAUGCAAGUAAGCACCUAUAUCUCGGCGACGUUUCUACAGCUUCUACUUCCUACCUAAGAGGUACAAGCAAGAUGCUUAUCCCAAUGUAUGAUUAUGAUGAACAGUAGUCAGCCCUCUUAAAACAAACCCCGUCAGUUGGGUAAAUCAUUCAUUCAUUCUUCGCAUGAUACGAAUAUUUUCGAUCAACAGGUGCUGCUUAAUUACUUGCCCCACGACGUGGACGUGGUGAAUCCCUUUACGGUAGCAGACUGGGCGAAGCGGCCAGACGCGUGCCCGCCGUGCGGGGAGUACCAGAAAUUGCACGAGCUGAUCCAGAUCAAGGCUGCGAAUCCGGAAUUACUGGAGAAGACCUUUUUGAAGUUGAUCGGCACGCGCAAGAGCGCGCGACCGGACGAGAGUGGGGGAAAGUACCGGGCUUUCGUGCAGCGGGGAUUCGCGAUCGAUUCGAGUCAGCAGGCGAGCGCGGAGCGGUGGACCAAGGAAGAGCUCUUCGACAUGCUGUGCUACUGUUUCCUGGCCAAGGGGAGCAAAACGCCCACGCACGCCACAAAACUGAUGGAGAUCCACCGGGAUGUGUUUGCCAAAUUUGCGCUACCGCUGCGCUUCAUCCACGUUGCGCUCGAUUUGUGGCAGCACAAUCCCGUGCGGCUCGAGCUCGCUCUCGAACACCUGUAUUGCGUUCGUUUUUUGCUGUCAUCCUGCUUGAGAUUUCCAUAUGGCGUUCGCGUUGCGCCAUUUUUUUGUGGUACGAUGCCGCCUCAAUGAUCAUUUAAAAGCUGCGAAACAAAGACAUGCAGUCCUAGAAUGUAGACGAAUUAUAAAACAGGUAUAUCUACAAGAUCGCCCCAGCUGCUAUGAUUUUGGGCGCGCUACCAUACGAGCGACAGAAGUUUGCGCACUGGAACGUGGUGAGUGUACUGCUCCGGCGCAUCCUCGAGGCCUUGUUCUUUUUCUACAAGCAGAACGAAGCGCCUUCUGCGCAGAGCUCCUUUACUGAGGAGCUGAAGCAGUGCGAAAACAGUUACGAAGAAGCGUUCCUGGCAGGUAUAGACCGGAUGAUGUUCUGCUUGGAAGUUGUGUAUUCCCCUGCUGGGGACGAAAGACAUAGUGCAGCGAAAGUGUUUGUGCUUAAACAGUGAAAUGGUACCAUGCUUGUUGUGCAGCAUUUUAUCACCUCAAAUAAAAAUUUUUCUUCAGUGUCGAGGGCCCUAGCGGGUGUGGAUUCCCCUUUCGUAGAAUACGGACGGGACCGGUAUCGUAUUUUGCUGCGUAAAUUCGCGGGUCCGCGGAGUAGUCUGGCGCUGGACUUUCUGCCCAAGAUCAAGGAGGCACAGCACACAAAUUGGGGUGAGAUUACGGAGGCUGCAUUUCUUCUGUAAAGUGAAAUGAUAUCGCACAGCAACCACCGCCAAAGCGAACGAACAUGAAUGUAUAAAUAGUACUGUGUCACAUAAUGGCCAUUGCGGCAUCGAACGCUGAGUACACACGAGCAGGACCAUCCAU